ACUUAUGAAUCUAUGACCAAAUUUUUUUCCCCUUGUCCAACAAAAUUACUUGCGGAAAAUUUAUAUGUUUUCCAAUCAAAUUAAAAAGUAUAAAAAACAAACCUUUUUUUUUAAUCAAUAAAAAACAAACCUUCUAGCUACGUACAUGUUUGAUGUUUGGAAUUAAUCCUUUAUUGAAUCUAUUUAAUAUAUCUUUUGUUUUUUAUAUAUAAGGCUUUUGAUAGAUAUUUAUAUUUUGCAAGGAAUAGGUACACGCGUUGUUGGAGAAUACAAAGAUGAUAUUUAUUUUUUUGACACAAGAAUGCCAAAGAUGAUAUGAAAACUCACAAUUUUAUUUAAUUUUAACGUUCCUAAACAAAAAAAUAUAUGUGAGGAUAAGGAUUGUAGCUGGCUGUUAUUUCCCUUCUAUUAUUAGUUAAGAGUGCAGUUUUAUUCCAUUUAAUGAGUCUCUAUUUAUCACGCGGUUGAUAUAGUUUUUUUUUUUUUUUUUAUGGUUGAUAUAGUUAGAAAACAAAUUGAUACGCGUAUUUUCCACCAGUCGCCUCUUCUGCUGCUUACUGUCUCUUCUUUUUCCACCGCUUAUUGUCGCCGCUUGCUCUGUCUGUACCAAAGGCGGCGCUGACCAUCCCAAUGCCGAUUGAAUCCUUGUCUCCCUCAUUGUGGCGUUGGAGCAAAUAGAACAGAUCCUAAACAUAUCCUAAACAAUAGAACAGAUACUAAACAAGUCUCAAUAGCGUCAUUAAAUUCUUUUUAAAAAAAAUCCAAUAAUCUUAUAUAAUCUUGUGUUGGGAUUUUUGUUGACAGUUUUUCCCAAUAGGUAUAGUGGCUUAUGUAAUAUAAUAUGUAGUGCAUUUAUAUAUAUUAUCUUUGGUCUAGUAAUUUAUUUACAUUUCUUUGUACAUUUGUCGAAUUAUAUACCCUCUAUAAAUGACAUGAGUCAUAAGGUAGAACCAUUACUAUUUGUUACAGAGAAAAAAUUGGUCUCAAAACAGAAACCAGUUCACAUGCAGUUAUGUCUUCUUGCAACAAAAAAUGAAUUUGUUACAGACAAAGUUGAAUUUUAACCAUUAUUUGUUCCUUAGUAUCACAUACAUACACUAUUCAAAACUGUACCUCAUCUGUCAAAGGCUAAUUUUGAAUUGUCCAAAUAAUUGUCUCUAUAAUUUAGGACCUAAAAUAAGCCAAAAGAAAUUAACAAUUAAAGAAGUGGAUAUUAAUGAUAUAAUGGAAAACAACAUCCCUAUAAACUAGGUGAGUUUAACAACUAAACCACUUUUGAAUUGGAAUAUAAAAACAAUGUUACAUUUAUUUUCAAAAUCCUAUUUACCUACAUCAGCAACAUACAUGAAUUUUCCAAUUAGAGUUUUUUACAUAAGCAACAACUUGUAUUGUAACUAUUGUUCAUAGCUGGCUAUAAAUAUGACUUCUUCCAAAAAUGAGAGCAUUGAGGAGAUCAAGAACAAGCUUCUAUGCACAAGGCUUGAACUAAUAUCAGCAAAAAUGGAAGCAAAUGCUGAGAUAAAGAAAUAUGAGGAAACUGUUAAAAAUUUAUACAAAACAUUAACAAUAGUUUGCAAAGAAAGGGAUGAAGCAAGAGAUCAACUUCAACAUCUAAUAAGAAAUUUUCAGCCAUCUACACCAGAUAAGACACAUAGUACUAUUAAUCCAAAAGUUGAUCAUCCAAAUGAACCUUCAUGUGAGUUAUCAUUGUCUAGUCUUCAAUCAAAUGAGAAGAAGAAAAAUUCCUCAAAAUCAUGCAACUUGGUCUUACCAAAGCAAACAAAUCAUCAAAAUCAAAACAAAUUUGGGAUAGUAAAGGCAAAUAUUGAUGGUGUUGAUUCAUUUAGUCUUUCACUUUGUAGUAUCCAAGAAGAGAGUUAUUUAUCAAGCAAUACUUAUGAUAAGGAAAGUGUUAAUAAUCUAGAUGAAUCUGUUCCAACUUAUUUGAGUUUAGCUUUUCCUGGAAAUUCUAUUGGAGCUUCUAAAAUGUAUCAUGGGAUGAAUAAUCAUACAAUAUCAGGAAAGAAAAGAAAGUUUUUGUGAGGAUAAUUUAUGUAUUAUAAAUUUAUAAUCAGGAUUGAUUUUUUUUUUUUAAUUUGAAAUAAAUGUGAGAUAUAGAUAAUAGUUAACUAUGUGUAGAAUUUAGCAUUGCUAAGGUUGCAAUUGCAUUGCCUUCUUAAUUUUUGACAAAUGAAAAGAUAUAUGUAAAAUACAUGUAGAAAUGAGAAGCUGAGAAUGUUGAAA